CAAAGACAUGCAUGGUUUAAAAAAAGUGAAAGUGAAGUAAAGGCAGCCAAUGGCGUUAAAGGCAUCUCUCGCUCUCUUCCCCACUCUCUCUCAUGAUAAACUGGGAGGCUGGCUUUGUGUGAGGACUCUGACAGGAGAGAGGAAGCAGAGCCCAGCUGCAGAAAGAUUUCCACCAUUUCAUCUAAGGAGAAUGGACAGCUCGAAGACCAGGCGCACACCUUCAACAGGUCACCCAAAGGCGACUGGAUACAUGAGGCAAUGACGUCCUGUUUGACUGACAGGGACUGAAAGGAAACACUGCAUCUGCAUGAGGAAGUGUGUCCUGUCAGCUUUCCCCCGUGACACCGUAGCCUCAAGAAGUGCCAGGAAGAGUUUUCUACCAGAGCCAUAGGUCACCUGUGAGGAGAUCGAAGACACACACCUGGUGCAAAAAGGAUGGCGUACAGAGGCAGCGUAAGACCGUUUGUCAACUUCAACGCCAAACAGGACGCUGAGAUCCUCCAUAAAGCCAUGAAAGGAAUCGGUACAGAUGAAGAUGCCAUCCUCAUGCUCCUGGCGGCACGCAGCAACGAUCAACGCCAGCAAAUUAAGGCGGCAUACAAAAAGGCCUACAGAAAGGACUUGGUCAGUGCGCUGAAAUCGGAGCUCGGUGGGCUGUUUGAGAGUCUGAUUGUGGCCUUGAUGACCCCGCCUAUCUCAUAUGACGCCUCUCAACUGCACAAGGCUCUCAAGGGUGCCGGGACUAAUGACGAAGUGCUGAUUGAGAUCCUGGCCUCCAGGACUGGCGAUCAGAUUAAAGAAAUCAUCAAAGUGUACAAGAAAGAGUUCGGCGGCGAGCUGGAGAGAGACAUCUGCGGUGACACCUCGGGACACUAUCGGAAACUACUGGUGACCCUGCUCCAGGGGAGCAGGGAGGAGGGAGUGGAUGAGGGCAAGAUCGAGAAAGACGCUAAGGACUUGUAUGCUGCUGGCGAAGGCAGGUUUGGCACAGAUGAGGAAAAAUUCAUCACAAUUCUUGGCAACCGGAGCGCAGAGCAUCUCAGGAAAGUGUUUGAUGCCUACAAGAAGCUCUCUGGCUGUGAUAUAGAGGACAGCAUUAAAGGAGAGACCAGUGGGAAUUUGGAGAGCUCACUGCUCGCUGUUGUGAAAUGUACCAGGAGUGUCCCAGAAUAUUUUGCUGAGGGCCUGUAUAAAUCUAUGAGGCGCGCCGGGACCGACGACGACACCCUGAUGAGGAUUAUGGUGUCGAGGAGCGAGUGGGACAUGUUGGACGUCAGAGCCAGCUUCAAGAAGAAGUAUGACGCGUCUCUGUACACCACGAUCCAGGAGGACACAACUGGAGACUACCAGAAGGCUUUACUCUACCUCUGUGGUGGGAAUGAUUGA